UAUUAAUAAUUCAAGGGUUGACACGGAUGGCUUAAAGCUAUAAAUACACAAAAGUGACAUAUAUUUUGUUGAGACAUGUACAGGGUAAACAGAGUGUCUCACAAUUUUAGUUCCGGUAUUGAAAGGUACUUUGUUGUGAAAAUACCGGUUUGUUAGUGAUAUAUUUGAAUUAUAGAUCGGACAUUCGUACAGGGCCGAUGUACCUUGGUUUGGUUUAAUAUAGUGGUCUAAGAAAUUUAAAUAUGUGGUUAAAACUCUGUGUGUUAACGGCUGUAUGUCAAAUAAGUGUGAUAAACACUCAAUCUAGCGAAAGAAGUGAACGAUUUGAAAAACACGAAAGUUUUAAAGAUAUAUUCCCCCUAACUCAAAAGAAUUUUACUCAAAAAGUUUUAAAAUCUGAGGAUGCUUGGGUAGUGUUAUUUCACUCUGGAACGAUAAAAAGAGGAUGGAAGACCAUGGCCGUAGGUGUUCGAGGAGUUAUAUCAUUUGGUAUGGUGGAUAUAAACGAACAACCUGAACUAAUAGGAAAACUUGAAUAUAAUAUAAAAGAUGGCAAGGAAGCCCGUGUAUACCCAUAUGGUUCCAGAUCAAGCAAGGAACAGUAUAUGAUUGAAACAUCAAAUCCGAACGAAGCAAAAACAACAGCGUUAAAAUCUAUACCAAAUUACAUCUUGGAUGUAAAGAAUAUGGGAAUAGAAGAUUUUAUUGUUGACUGUCUUAUGUCAACCCCUUCUAGAUUUCCUGUUAUAAUUUUCACAGAAAUAAAAGAAAUUGAUCCAAUUUAUAAAGUUAUGGCAAUGAAACUGGAGACGUUUUUCAAUUUUGGGCACAUGAUUAAUCCUAGCACCAGCGAUUUGAAACAACUUGGAUUAGAAGAUGUGUAUAUAGAUAUUCCAACAGUCAUGGUACUAACUACUGAAAGUGACAAUAUAGAGGAUCCACAAUAUAAUGCUAUUCAAUACAUGAAGAGUGCACAUGGGGAUCUUUCGUAUCCAAACUUGUUGAAGUUUUUAGUUCAAAUCAACAAGAGGUUUCGACCUAAGUUACCCGGUGUUAAUUUUUCUGAUAAAAAAGAAUAUGUAGAGAUGUCUGAAGUUCUAGAUAUCGAAUCUGAAAAAUUUGAAAUUCAAGAUGUACAUCAUAUUGUUCAUACAAACGUUAUCAGUGACCGUGACUUCGUUAUUGAAAAUGGUGUUGGUGGCAAGCAUGACGAACUUUAAAUGAUCAUCCAGGCUAACAUAAACCUUAUAUUAUAUAGACGGUCUCAGUUUGACUGGCAAGCAUGUUUAUUCACCGAUUAGCCUACUAUCAACUUAAGGCGGAAGCUGAUCACAAUGUGUCACGACCGAUGCAUCCACCAGGGACGUAACAUCUGGGGCAAAUUCUUAUAGUUUGACCAAAAGGAAAUUUUGUUUGAAAAAUAUAACAUAUAAAUGUGAUAUUCGCUAUAAUAUUGCUGUCUACAGCAAAGGUGAUAACCACAGUGGGUGUAAAAUUCCGAAUUCUCCAAAUUGGGUCAGAAAAGACCUAAAAAUCGGGCCUUAAAUUCGGCCAAAGGCUGUCAGAAAUCUGGGAAUGACAAUAAAUUAAUAGUUACAAUC